AUGCAAAGUUCUCCUGGACAAGGCAGCUCGGCGCCGACAAAAAGGUUGCAUAGUUUCCAAAACGAGCCAUUGCAGAUGAAUCAUUACCAGCUGCGCCUCCAUGUUGUUCCAUCGAUGGCAUCUGCUGGCUCAGACUGCGAGACACGGGGGCCCAGAAAUCUCGGAAUGAGGCUCAGCAGCUUGGUCACCCUGACAUGGGCGGCUUUCGCCGCCGCCGAGGAAAAGAUGGUCGGUGAGCAUGGCCAGGAGGUUCUAGGUUGCCGCUGCGCAGGAGGCAAGACCACCCAUGGCCAUUGUGGGUAUCACUUCCACUUCAUGUCCAACGAGGAGAAGCCUUGGUGCCGCACGAAGUAUGGCUGUGGACACUACUCCAUAAAAGGCAACUGGGUGUACUGCGACCCACGAGGAGUUGAAAGACGGCGUGCCGACGAUGGCAAGCUCUACACGGCGCUGGACUUCAAGAAGUUCUACCCCAACGAUGGCAAGGAGAAGUGGACCAACGCAGCAAGUUACGAGGAAACACGCAUCGCCAGAAAUGGCAAGGCUUACAGGGCCAGCGAGUUCCGAGAGUACUACAUUGACUAUCUGGGUGAGGAAGGUUGGAUCAGCGAGUGGAAAAGUGCGAAGGAGGAAACCCGAAAAGCCAACGAUGACAAGUUCUACACGUUCGAUGAGUUCGUCGAGCACUAUGGCAAGGACAAGGCAUGGAAAAUGCCGCGGCCUUACAACGUUCUUUUUCAUUAUGAAAAAUACGGUGGGAUGGUGCUGGAAAGCUUCGACCCGAACUCUGAAGUCUCGCGUUGCCAGUGCUUCCCCGCGAAUGAAAUAUGCGUGCAACCUUUAACCAUCAGCUGGGGUUCCCAAGAAGUCUCCCUGAACACAUAUUCGGCUCUUGAAAACACUGGACUCACAGCAAUGGACUUGCAAGCCUACUCUUGGGCCUGUGGUAGCUCCAUACGCUGCCUGGAAACAGAGGGAAGAGAGCCCGAGGAUGCGACUCGGGGAGACGUGUUGCUCACUGCACAGGGGCUGGUGAGCGUGUGGGCUGCCGCUGUGCAAGUUGCAGCUGACUUGGGGGAUGUUGAGGAUGUCGAGGAGGAGCUCGGGCCCUACGCUGCGGCGAUAGCGAGUGCCUCGAAGUUGGCAUCCCAGAAUCGCCAGGGCGAGGGCGAGGGCGAGGAGGGAGCCGAAGCCGCGGAAGCCACGGACAUGCGAGCCGUGGAAGACGUGGAAGCCGCGCGGGGGCCUCCUUACCAAGAGGCGUCUUGCGCAGAGGUGCAGGCCCCCAUGCUCGCACUUGAGCCCAGAGAGAAAGCCCCAGAAGGCGAAGACAAGCUGGAUGGCUUCCUUGGCUUGUUGUCUGCCUGGUCGGAUGACGCACCAGCUUCUAGGCUGCUUGAAGAAGCCAGGCUUUCCAAAGCAGGGAUCGCUCGGAAGUCCUCGCCGAGGAGAGCUCCCGAGCUGCGCGGAGGGAAGGCGAAGCCGCUGAGCAAAGAAAGCCUUGACAAGUUACGGGAGCGCUUCCCUCACAGUCGAGCGCCCAGCCCACCGGCCGACACACGCAGCGACGGAUCCCUGCAACCGCGAUCGGAGCCAGCGCCCGACACUGAGGAGCUGCUGGCCCAAGAGAUGCGGCAGACCAGCCAGGCCAGCCCUUUGCUUGCGGAAAUGCGCAUGCAGCUGGCACAGGCAAAAAUUGCCCAUCCGCCAGCGGAGUAUACCACUUUCUGCCAACAUCUCCUGGAGUGCUGCGGAGACAUCCGCACCCUGGAGGUACAGCAGGGCGGGUGGGGUGACUCGGCUAGUGAGAGCCUUUCACACGAGCAAGAGAACGUACUCUUCGCCUGCAUCGACAAGCAGCGGGGCUGGAAAAUGAGGACCGAUGUUGCUUCCCUGGUGGUUGGGAACGUUGAGCGGCAGCUUGCGACUGUUUCCAGCGGUGCCGACUCAGAGCACAGUCGCCUGUACUUGCGGGCGCGCUUGACCUGUUUGAAAGACAGACUCAACACGAUGCCUGCAAAGAACCGUACUGUUGACAAGGCAAGGGUGGACGAGUUUGCGAAGUAUGUGAACAUGGUUCGGGACCCGGCUUUCUUCAUGCUCAUGCAGUUCUGCAAGCAGUACGCAGCCGCAGGCGAUGCACAGGCACUAUGCAGGCAAUACGCAAGAGGCCUUCGAUCCUUGAUCACCUUCGUAGGACAUGUCUGCGAAGUGGUUCGACAUGUGCUGCCUAGCUGCAUGGCCCUCAUUGGACCUGCCAUUGUUUCGAAGCCCAACUGCCAUCUAGUGGAGGUUGGGCUCAUCUUUGAAACGGAGCUUGCUCAGCAGGACACAUUGCAAUUCGGGCCGCCUGGUACGCUCACAGGGCUUUACGUCGAGGAUUGUUCUGCCCACGUGUGGCAUGCCCAAAUCCAGGGAAGGCGAAUGUUCGCCUUGUUUGCGCCACAGGACUUGCUCUCCCAAACAUGCCAAGCAUCUGCAUGA